AUGCCGGCAUCUUUAGAGAAUCUUUUAGAAACCUUAAGUUUCCAAAAGUCCUUGUUGGAUUCUCGACGUUAUGGUUGCAAACCAGACAGACGACGCACAUUCAGUGAAGGAUCAUUUCAGGAUUCUGAUAACAAAAAGACAUGUGGGAACUGCUUGAAACCAAGUAAAAAUGAAGUCCAGCAAGAGAGUAACCAUAGUCUCACAAUAGAGGAUAUGAUAUUACCUUGCAAUACCAAAGGUGGGUCAAUGGAAGAUGUGGCCGGUCUUCAUGAUGUUAAGCAAAUAUUAAAGGAAGCAGUGAUCAUGCCCCUGCAAUAUCCACAGCUCUUUCAAGGUGGAGCAAAGCCCUGGACUCGUUUAUUGCUUUAUGGCCCCCCAGGCACUGGAAAAACCAAACUAGCUCGAGCUCUGGCCACAGAACUUUGCUGUCCAUUUUAUUGUGUUUCAUCUGCCAGUCUCUUCUCUUCUUGGGUUGGAGAAUCUGAAAAAUUAAUCAGAGACUUGUUCCAUCAUGCAAAGCAGCAAGAAGGCCAGAGUAUUAUUUUCAUGGAUGAAAUUGACAGUUUGUGUAGAAAACGUUUACCAACAGAAGAUGAACACUCAAGAAGAGUGAAGUCGGAGCUGUUGCGGAAAAUUGAGGGAGUAGAGGAGAGUGAGACUUCAGGUGUGUUCUUGUUAGGGGCCACCAAUUGUCCAUGGGAUCUUGACCCUGCCUUCCUCAGACGCUUCCAGCGACGCAUAUUUAUUCCUCUUCCUGACAGGGAAGGUCGCCGCACUAUAAUUUCCAGUCAGUUUGGUAGAGUACCAUUACACUUAACUGACUCUGAAUGGCAGACACUCUUGGACUCUACUGAAGGCUACUCAGGUGCUGAUCUUACUCACCUGACUAUGGCUGCUGCUUUUCAACCAAUUAGAGACUUGCAUUCUUCUCGCUUCUGGAGAUUCACAGAUGACAACAAGAUUACCCCAUGCUCCAGUGAUACCCUUGGUGCCAUGCAGUAUCCCUUGUGCAAGCUACCAGCAGAUCAGAUUGUUGCUCGUGAUGUAGAAUUAAGAGACUUCCUAAGGGCCAUCCAGACAACAGCAAGGACAGUUUCACCCAAGAUUCUCAAGCAGUAUCAUGAUUUCUCUUCAGCUGUUCACCAAGUCUAGGUGGAACUUUCAGUGUAAAUAUUUGGCUGUUCAAGUUUAGGUGGAACUUGUAACUUCAGCUACAAGCUCCAGUGUGAUUUAAUUAGAUCACUUUGUCUGUAUCACUCUUACAGGGUACAUGAAAACCAGUUUUAAAACUAUCAAAUUGCACUACUGAUAUCUAAAGUAAACAAUGCUUGUUAAAAAUCCAAAAAUGGCUCAUUUGCAAGUACUGAUCUCCUAUAAUCUUCGUUUUAGCUUCCUCAGUGAAGUAAGGUGCAACCUAACAAAAGUGGUUACAGAUAUUCAGGAAUAGACCAUGAUGAAUUGGUACAGUGGUUGUAAAGUUUACUCUAAAGAUGAAGUUAGACAUUGAAGUUGUCUACUACAGUAAAUGUUAUCUGACUUAGGUGAGAGCAAAUUCUUAUAUUAAGAAACUGCUUUAUUCAAUAGCUAUUGAAAUUUCAGUGAAGUAAAAUGUGUUUACCAUUUACAGUAUAUAAAUGGAAACUUCCAUAUUUAUUGUAAAUUCAUUUUUAUUUUUUAAUUGAGGCUAUUAUUUACACAAGUGUGUGUGCAUUUAUAGUGUGUACAGUAAUUACCUGUUGGUAACUACAAGAGCAAAGCUAAGCUCAUGGUGUCUUAUCUUUGUUAUAUGAUUUAUUAUACAGAUUUCCAGUGGUUGUAGCAUUUUGUAACUUGUAUUUUUUUUAUUAGAAAUGAGCAUUAAACCUGUAUGGGGUUGUACAGUACAGUGCCUGAAAAAUGAGAGGUACUGUAAUGGGGCUUGAUUCAAGGAAAAGGAGAGUAGCUCUAGUUACUUUAAAGGUCUAUUAUUCUAUAACUCUGUGAAGAUGAUUUCUGAUAUCUUUGACACCUGUUCUUUUAGCUUUUAUCUGUGGCCUCUUGUUAGUGCUAAGAAAUAUUAAUACUCAUUCUUAUUUGGUUAUCAUGCCUUCCCCAAUCAUCCAAUAAGGGCAUAAAAAUUUUUUGUAACAUACAUCAUACAUGCUUUUUCAGCUGCUGCUUCAUGUCACAACUGCAUAUUCUAAUUUUGGUCUUACAUCGUGAGCAGCUUGUGUAGGGGAAGUGAUGUGGUUAGGAGGGUAAUUUAAAUUUAAUAUUUAUCCACUUCUGGCUAGUUAUUGAUGGUGGGAGAUGGCUAAUGUGGUAAAAAUAUCAAGUGUGCACGCAUGUACACACAAGUGAUUGUGUGUGCAUGCGUGCACAGAAAUGAUGUUGAAUGAAUCACUAUUGAGGAACACUUAAGAUACCAUUAAAUGUUGUUUGUUAAAUGUAUAAAUAUGCUCAUGGGAAAAUGCUAUAUUAUUGUUCUUAUUAUACAGUGGAUCCCCGGUUCGCGAUAUUAAUCCGUUCCUGAGAGCUCAUCGUAAACCAAAAUUAUCGGAAAGCGAAUCAGUUUUCCUCAUAAGAACUAAUGGAAAUCAAAUUAAUCCGUGCAAGACACCCAAAAGUAUGAAAAAAAAAAAAACUUUUACCACAUGAAAUAUUAAGUUUAAUGCACACAAACUGAAGACAUGCACAGUUUGUAGUAUGUACUCUACUAAGAAUAGAAUACAUGACACUUACCUUUAAUGAAGAUCUGGUGAUGAUUGAUGGGAUGGGAGGAGGGGAGAGUGUUGAACCUAUUGUUUAGAAGGGGAAUCCCCCUCCAUUAGGUCUUGAGGUAGCAAGUCCUUUUCUGGGGUUACUUCCCUUCUUUUAAUGCCACUAGGACCAGCUUGAGAGUCACUGGACUUCUGUCACACAACAUAUCUGUCCAUAAAGGCCUGUACCUCUCGUUCCUUUAUGACUUUCCUAAAGUGGUUCACAACAGUGUCAUUGUACAGGUUGCCAACACGGCUUGCAGUAGCUCUCUGAGGGUGAUUUUCAUCAAAAAAGCUUUGCACUUUAAGCCACUUUGCACACAUUUCCCUAAUCUUUGAAGUAGGCAACUUCUUCACUUUAUCCAUCCCCUCCUCUGAAGCAGUUUCCUCAGGUCUGGCCUCUUGCUGUUGAAGAUGAUCUAGCAGCUCAUCAGUAGUUAGUUCGUCAUUGUCCUCCUCCAUCAACUCUACCACAUCCUCCCCACUAACCUCCAACCCCAAGGACUUCACCAAUGCCACAAUGGAUUCCUCAACUGGCAUAGGCUUCUCAGGGUUAGCCUCAAACCCUUUGAAAUCCCUUUUGUCUACACAUUCUGGCCAGUUUUUUCCAGGCAGAGUUCAAGGUCCUCUUAGUCACUCCCUUCCAAGCCUUACUUAUAAGGUUUACACAAUUGAGGAUAUUAAAGUGAUCCUUCCAAAACUCCUUUAGAUUCAAUAGUGUCUCUGUGGUCACUUCAAAGCACCUUUCAGAUAUAGCUUUUGUGUACAGUUUCUUGAAGUUGGAAAUGACCUGCUGGUCCAUGGGCUGCAGGAGAAGAGUGGUAUUAGGAGGCAAAAACUUAACCUUAAUGAAGCUCAUGUCCCCAGAAAGUCGCUCUGCCAAGUCUGUAGGAUGACCAGGGGCAUUGUCUAAUACCAGGAGGCACUUAAGGUCCAAUUUCUUUUCAAUUAGGUAAUUUUUCACAUUGGGGGCAAAUGCAUGGUGUAACCAGUCAUAGAAAAAGUCCCUAGUGACCCAUGCCUUACUGUUUGCCCUCCACAGCACACACAAAUUAGCCUUGAGGAUAUUUUUACCUGAAUGCUCUGGGAGUUUGAGUGAUACACCAAAAAAGGCUUCACUUUGCAAUCACCACUAGCAUUGGCACACAUCAGAAGAGUAAGCCUGUCUUUCAUAGGCUUAUGUCCUGGGAGUGCCUUUUCCUCCUGAGUAAUGUAGGUCCUGCUUGGCAGUUUCUUCCAAAACAGGCCCGUUUCAUCGCAAUUAAACAUUUGUUCAGGUUUCAAGUCUUCACUGUCUAUGUAAUCUUUGAAUUCCUUCAUAUAUUUUUCAGCUGCUUUUUGGUCUGAACUGGCAGCCUCACCAUGCCUAAUCACACU